ACUAAUGUUCCCAAACACUUGAUUGGUCGGAAAAAACCAAAACCCACCGCCUGAAUGGCCACCAAACCCAUUUCCCGGCGUCCAGCCGUAUCCCUCCUCCGAGACCAAUUCCUCAGACCCAACCGCACCUCCAAACCUCUCAACUCCUCCUCCCCUCCAAAACCCAACACCUCCAACCCCAACAAAUCCCAAACCGCCCAAGCCAUGGCGGACCUCAUCAACACCACCCCAUGGUCCACCCACCUCCAAACCUCCCUCUCUACCCUCUCCCCCUCCCUCUCCACCACCACCGUCUCCCAAACCCUCCGCCGCAUCAAAACCCCCUCCCAGGCCCUCCACUUCUUCAACUGGGCCCACUCCCUCGGCCACUCCCACUCCCCCCACUCCUACUUCACCCUCCUCCAAACCCUCGGCAAUGCCCGCAACCUCAACGCCGCCAGAAACUUCCUCUUCUCCAUCGAAAAACAUUCAUCCGGGAGAGUCAAGCUGGAGGACAGGUUCUUCAACACCUUGAUCAGAAGCUACGGCGCCGCGGGGCUGUUCCAGGAGGCCGUCAAUGUCUUUGACAAGAUGAAGUCGAUGGGGAUCAGCGCCUCGGUUUUUACUUUUAACAGUUUGUUUUCUGUUUUGUUGAAGAGGGGGAGGACUGGUAUGGUGAAGAGUUUGUAUGAUGAGAUGCUUGGGAUGUAUGGAGUUGAGCCGGAUACGCGUACGUUUAAUGUUUUGAUUAGGGGGUUCUGUAUGAGCAAAAUGCUUGAUGAGGGGUUUUGGUUUUUUAAGGAAAUGGAGAGGUUUGGGUGCGAGCCGGAUGUCGUUACGUAUAAUACUCUGGUUGAUGGGUUGUGUAGAGAUGGGAAGGUGGAUAUUGCGAGGAAUGUGGUGAAGGGGAUGAGGAAGAGGAGUGGGGAGGUGUUGAAGCCGAGUGUUGUUACUUAUACGACUUUGAUUAGGGGGUAUUGUGUGAGAGGAGAGGUUGAUGAGGCUUUGGGGGUGUUGGAGGAGAUGAAUAGUCAAGGGUUGAAGGCGAAUGAGAUUACGUAUAAUACUUUGCUAAAAGGGCUGUGUGAAGCAAAGAAGCUGGAUAAGAUCAAGGCAAUCAUGGAGGGGACGAUGAGGGGUGAGGGAUUUAGUCCUGAUACGUGUACGUUAAACACGCUGAUGCAUUCACAUUGCAAUGCAGGGAACUUAGAGGAAGCGUUUAAAGUAUUCAGAAUGAUGUCAGAGUUAAAGGUCCCUCCGGAUUCAGCUACAUACAGUGUUUUGAUACGCAGUUUGUGUCAGCAAAGAGAUUAUGCAAAAGCUGAGGAGUUGUUUGAUGAGCUAUGCAAGAAACAAAUCUUGAUUAGUGAUCGUGGCUGUACGCCUAUUGUUGCCUCAUACAAACCUAUCUUUGAGUACUUGUGUAGUAAUGGGAGAACUAAGAAAGCAGAGGAAGUGUUUAGGCAGCUACUGAAAAGAGGAACACAAGAUCCUCCAUCCUUCCAGACUUUGAUCAUGGGCCAUUGUAGGGAAGGAACAUUUGAAGCUGCCUACGAACUGUUAGUGUUGAUGCUUAGAAGGGAUUAUGUGCCUGAUGUCGACAUUUAUGAUUCCUUAAUUAAUGGUUUCUUGGAGAACGGUAAGCCCCUGCUUGCACAACAGACUCUAGAGAAGAUGCUGAAGAGCUCUUAUCUACCCAAAACGUCUACUUUCCAUUCUAUACUGGCAGCUCUUCUAGAAAAGCAUUGUGCCCGUGAAUCGGCAAGCCUUUUUAUUUUAAUGUUGGAGGAAAACAUCAGACCAAAUAUUAAUAUCUCAACAGAUCUUAUAAGGCUACUAUUCAGUGAGGGAUUGCAAGAAAAAGCAUUUAAGAUUGCAGGGAUGCUGCAUGAUAACGGAUACUCAAUUAAAUUGGAAGAAGUGGUCGAGUUCCUUUGCCAGAGCAGAAAGCUAUUAGAGGCAUGUGAGAUGUUGCAAUUUUGUCUGCGGAAGCGAGAAAAAGUCAGUAUUGACAUUCUCAACCAAGUUAUAUUAGGACUGUGUGAAAUCAAUAAGCUUCGAGAAGCAUUUGGCUUGUACUAUGAACUGAUCGAGACUGGUGACCGUCAGCAGUUGCCGUGCAUACAUCAGUUAAAAUCUUCCCUAGAGGUUGCAGGUAGAACAGUUGAAGCUGACUUUGUCUCUAAAAGAAUGCCAAAAAUAUCAGCUGGUCGAUAAAUCUGGGAAGUCAAGGCCUCAACUAUAUGUCUAAGAUCAUGAUGAACAGACUGUUGGUGUACUUCUCAACAUAGGGACUGGGCCAUCAGAGUUGUCUGAACAGCUCAUCACGUCAAGAUGAAAUUUCGGACACGCAAUGUGAUCGAUGGAAGGCUCUCCGAAGAAGGCAUCAACCUCAAGCUGGGAAGGGACCUUCCUCAGAAGAUUGGUGAGAACAAUGAAGUGUUUUGCAAGAAACUCAUGGCAAAAGCUAGUCUCAAGGACUUCAAUGAGUUGUUCUGGGCUGUUCAUCCUGGGAGGGCCUGCCAUCCUUAACAAGCUAGAGGGGACACUGAAGCUCACUAGUGACAAGCUUGAGUGCAACACACAGGCCCUGAUGGACUAUGGCAAUGUGAGCAGCAACACCAUUUUCUAUGUGAUGGAGAAGAUGAGAGAGGAGCUGAGGAAGAAAGAAGGGAUGGAGGGAAGAAUGGUGACUUGCAUUGGCUUUUGGACCUGGGAUUACAUUUGAAUGCAUUCUACUUUGCAGCUUGUGAUCUUUUAAAUGAAGAGUACUAUAUUGCUACAUAUAAGUUUGUUUCAGACACAUUUCAAUAUAUAGAAUGAUUGAAUCUUUUAACCUUUA